GAGCUGUUCGCCGUUUCGGUUUCGGCAGCAAAGCAGCAAAGCAGAAAGGCCAAAAGCAAAACAUACCGUGGUACUGAAAUCAAAUACGGCCAGCAAAUUGGCAACUAGUUGAAUAUGUCGGGCGAUGUACAGCCGCGAAAGCGUAAGGAUAAGCGCAAAAAACGUGAUGAACGCAAAUCUGACGGCGAUGUCAGCGUAUUGCGCCAGCCCAGCUUUCAAGAUGACGAAGAUUCGUCUUCCCAUGGCGUGCACAUCACAAAGAUGGGAAACGAUGAUGUGCACCUGCACGUGCAGCAGCAGCACGGCACGGGCGGACACUGGUGCGCCAAGAUUAUAUUCUUCUCCCUAAUGGCUGUGCUCUUGGGCCUCGUCGGUCUCAUCAUUAUGGAGAAUCGUGGCCUCGAGGAUUUGGACACGCCCUUGUCGGAAUCCCGGUACUCCAACUAUUUUGAUGGUUGGGUAGAGGAGCAUCGCCAGGAGGAACACGAUGCCCAUCACUCGCCCGAGGCAGCUCUCGAUGAACACGAUGAUGAACACGACGAUGAACCAGAUGAGGCAUAUGAUCAGCAUUCGGGCGAAGAGGAGGAGGAUCAUGAAGCUGACGAAGAAGAGGAAGAGGAUGAGAAUACUGGCGCUGAAAAUGUAACAGCUGAAGAUGAUGAGGAUGAAAAUGAUGAGGAUGAGGAUCUGGAUGAAGAGACUGAAGCAUCCGUUGAGCCAACACAGUCAGUGGCAGAUGAUGCGGAUGAGGACGACGAGGAGGAGGAGGACGCAGACGAUGAGGUCGAGGAGUCAAGUGAGCCACCUGUUUCCAGAUCCAGAGCUCAGAGCGCACCCGAAACAGUUGAAGAAGACGAUGACGAUGAUAUUGAAGAGGCGGAAGAAGAUGAGGACGCCGACGAGGAAGAGCUGGAAGAGUCCAUUGAGCCAACCAUUUCACAAUCUCAGGCUCAAAGUGCCCCUGAAACGGCUGACGAUGACAAUGACGAUGAUGAUGAUGAGGAUGCUGCUGAGGAGGAUGAAGAGCCUCAAGAGUCCCUAGAAACAGCUCAACAAAGUGCGCCAGGCGUUGACGACGACGAUGAUGAUGAGGAUUUUGAACAGGAUGACAACGACGCGGAUGAAUUUGAAUCCCUCGAUCAGGAGGUCGACAACGAGGCUGAGGAGCGUCAACGUCAAGCGGCUGCCGAGGCGAGAGCCAAGCAGGCCAAGCAGGAUCAGGCUCCAGAGGACAACGCAGAGACAGUCACAACCGCAUCCUGGCUGGGUUCACUUGCCGUUAAAUUUGGCGUUGGCAUUGCACUUGCCCUUGUUUCACGCCUUGUAUUGAUACGGAAAAAUCCAAAUACAACUGAGGAUCAGCCCUCGCCGGAGAUGAAUUUGAGACGUCGACUGACAAUUGCCACCGCCGAGGAUAACCUGCCCGACGAUGGGGAGGAGCUGCCGCCGCUUGAUGAUGAGGAAUAUUCCGAAGAGGAGAUCGAAAUCGAGGAGGAAAUCGAAGUGGAGAUUAGCGAUAUGGAGGAAAGCGAUGAUAAUGUGGCGAUCACGGCCAGCUAUGUGCCGGAAACCUUCGAGCAGCUGAGCGCCAUGUUUAGGCCCAAAACUGAGUCGAAGACAAGCGAAGCAACCGAAACGUUGGCAGCUAAAGAACCGGAACCGGAACCAACGACAGCUGAACUGGAACCGACAGCUGAGCUGGAACCAGAGGCAACGACAGCCACGGACAUUUAUGUGGAGUACGAAGAUGGCGAUAUCGAAGAUUACGAACACGAUGAAAGCGACGACGAAUUGAUCAGCGACGAGGAGGAAGACGAGAUUUCAGAUGUGGACGAUGCCGAACUGAUGAGCAGAUUGGAAGCCAAAUAUGGCCGACUGCCGGCCAAGGAGUACGAAAGCGAUCCAGACUCCGAUGAUCCGACCUGGACACAAAUAAAACCCAAGCUACCAACUGGCGCCAAGUCCGUGGAGGAUGAACUGUUCGAGCAGCAGCUGCGUCAGGCCAAUACCGAAAUGAUAAAUGAGAACUAUGCGAAAGCUCUGCGCGAUUUUAACACGCUCACACACACACACGCACACAAGCCGGCGGCUCAUCUGCAUCGGGCGCGAGCGCUGGAGCGCAUCGCCAAGCUGCGCCAGAGCAAUCAGCUGCUCCUCGAUGCCAUCGAAUCCUACAAGCGUUAUCUGGCCUUCGAGGAGCUAAUCGCCAGCGACGACGACAGCGACUAUCGUGCCGCUGGCGAGCGUUGCAUCCAGCAUCUGCGAUUUCUGGGUCGCACACAGCAGGCGGUUGGCAUACACGAGCAGCUGCUGGCGCGUUAUCCGGACGAGGCGCAGCUGCGCAAUGAGCUCUCGCUCACCCAUCUGAUGUCCAAUAACUUGGUUGGGCUGCAGCAGGUGGCAGCUGAGACACUCGAGCGCUGGCCGCGUGAUCCACAGGCGCAGCUGCACUUUGGCCUGGCGCUCAAGCAGCUCGGGGGCGACUAUGCCGGCGCCUUGCCCUAUUUGCAGCGGGCCAUUGACUCUGGUGCGGCGGGCACACAGGAGCCGUAUUUCUAUAUGGCGCUGGGCGAGACACUGCAGCGUCUGGGCAGGCAGACGCAGGCGCUCCAGCUGUAUCGGCGCGGCGCGAACAAGGGCUUCUUUGCCAGCGUCUAUCAACGCUCGCUGUACAAUGUGCCCGGGCUGCGUGCACAGCCCUUCUGGCAGCCCGCGGAGACCGGCCAGGCCGGCCAGCUGGAGCAACUGCAGCGCAACUGGCGUGCCAUACGCGCCGAGGCGCUGUCGCUGCUCGGCGGCCAGGGCAACUUUCAGCUGGAGGCGGAACAGCUGCGCGACACGGGCAACUGGCAGCAGUUCGAGCUCUAUGCCCGCGGCCAGCGUCUGGCAAGGAACUGUCAGCGGGCGCCUGUCACCUGUGCGCUGCUCGACAGGUUUCCGGCCGCCAGCAGCUGUCGCCGUGGCCAGAUCAAGUUCAGCGCCAUGCAGGCACAGACUCACGUCUGGCCACACUGCGGACCCACAAACUGCAGACUGCGUGCCCAUCUCACGCUGGUCGCGCCUGAGCCACAGUUGACCAGUUUGCGCGUGGCCGAGCAUCAGCGCACCUGGCACGAGGGCGACUUGUUCAUCUUUGACGAUAGCUUCGAGCACGAGGUCUGGCACAACGGAACCCAGCUACGUUUGGUGCUCAUUGUGGACCUUUGGCAUCCCGACUUGAGUGCAGCGCAGCGACGCAGCCUGACGCCCAUUUAACUCCCAUCUCUAGACAUAGUAUAUAUAUGCUUUUGUUAGUUCAUUCACAUAGAUCUAUUUGUAACUCGUAGCUGAUAAGUUUCUUUUGUAUGAAUGCGUGUUUAGCUGUAAUCGCAAACUUUGUAUUAAGUCUAUAAUUAGUGGGUGCUUGGUUGGCGGCGUUUUUACUCUAAACCAAAUAAACAAGUAAGAGGUUCUAGUCGGGAGCUCCCGACUCGAAGAUACCCUGAACUCUC